UCGUUGACCAAAAAUUUAAGUGACCAUGUGAUUCCUAUUGACUUACAUGUUACAAUUGUUUCCAUUCACAUUUUCUUCUUACACGAUAUAUAUUUCUUAUAAGGCCAUUUGGUAUAAUCAGGAAGAAAGCAUCUGUGGAAAGACCACAACCAAUCAGCAAUAUUUUCUUCUCUCUUCCUUUUAUUCACCACGAUAAUGGUGUGGAAGGAGAUGGUGGCGAAGUGGAAGGAGAUGGUGAUGAGGUGGAGGGAAACCACGCUGCUUGGCGUGUCCCCCAUACUCGAUGAACUAAUAAUGUCUUCAAUCGGGAAAGAGUAUGAUCACCUAAAAAUCCAAAUGGAAGACAUAAUAUCGGCUACGGACAACUUUAGCCCCAGCAAACUCAUUGGGCGUGGUGGGUUUGGUCCGGUGUACAAAGGUGAACUUUCUCUUCCGACAGGAUCAACUAUGGUAGCUUUCAAGUGCUUGGAUCAUAGAUCCUAUCAAGGAAACACCGAGUUUUGGAAGGAGAUCAUGAUGCUUUCUAAAUGCAAACAUGAAAAUCUUGUCUCUCUCCUGCACUUUUGCAUUGAGGAUGAUGAGAGAGUCCUUGUGUACGAGUAUGCCGCUGGUGGAAGCCUUGAUCAUUAUCUAAGUGAUGCUAAAACCCUUAAAUGGAACCAACGGCUUUGUAUAUGCAUCGAGGUUGCACGUGCACUAAACUAUCUUCAUGAUCCCGUGGAAACACAACAAAGAGUUCUCCAUCGAGACAUGAAAAGCUCAAACAUCCUUCUGGAUCAUAAUUGGACUGCUAAAGUUUCUGAUUUUGGUUUGUCAAAAAUAGGCCCAGCAAACCAACCACAGACAUAUCUAAUCACCAAUGUUGUUGGUACGCCGGGGUAUACUGAUCCGUUAUAUUCAGAGACAUGCUUGCUAACAAAAGAGUCGGACGUGUAUUCUUUUGGAGUUGUGCUGUUUGAAGUAAUGUGUGGCAGAUUAUGUUAUGAUUGUAGUACUAGUGGUGAACUAACUGCCAUUUUAGUGCCUGAGUGGAAAAAAUAUUAUGAUGAAAAUAAACUACAUGAUAUUAUCUUUCGAGAUCUAAAGGAACAAAUGGUUUGGGAUUCUUUCAUUACAUUUGCAGCCAUUGCAAGACGAUGUUUAGAAAGAGAUCGUACGGAGCGACCCACGAUGGAUGAGAUCUUAAAUGAACUCGAGGUUGCACUGGAAAAACAAGAGAAUACAACUUUUGACGACCAUUUAUUCAAGAUUUCAAAGCUUGCAAUACCUCCUCUGCCGUACAAAUCCCGAAAGGAACUCGUCUUACGUCUCUCCGAUGGGAUUCUCGUCGAUGGAAGGAAAAGGUGGCUUUGGAUAAAUGAACACAAACAAAUUAAUGAAAUGGAAUCCGCAACAGAAUCUUUCCAUACAUUGGAUAGAGUCGAUACCUUUACUAACAUAUCAAGAUUUUUAUAUGUUAGAAUCAUGAGUACAUACUCUUCUUACCGUUAUUUGGUUGCAAAUGUCAAGACCCAAUUCUUGUCACCAAAUAUUGCUUACACUAUGAACCUUGUCUUCAAGAAUUUGAGCAGAAAUGAAAAUAGUCAGAUAUAUGUACCCUUCAAAAUUAAAAUGGAAGACGACAGACUCUUUCGUAAUUCUUCUGUUCCUCGUGUCAGAGAAGAUGGAUGGGCAACGACCGAACUAUAUCAAUUUAUCAACAAAAAUAAGGAAAAUAGUUUUAGGAUUGAGUUCUUUCUUGAGGGUCAUAGGCAGGAAAGCGUACGCAUGUAUGCUAUUGAAGGCAUCGAAUUUCGACCUGUGUAGCAUGUAAAUUAAAUAAUUAUUUUAUUGCUCAACGUUUUUACAGUAUUUUGUAAGCAAAUAAUACAAAUGGCGCUAUAUUUCAUUUUGUUUCA